AUGGCUUUGACGAACUCAAGACCGGUUGACAUUCCGACGCUUGAAAAUGAGACAAUACAUAAUUCAACGUCCCCUGUCUUUCAACCCAGUAGCCUAGGUAUCCCCUCCCAUGAUGAUUCUCAGGAUGUCAUGGAUCAUUACGAUUUAAGUCCUAGUUCUGACGCCACAAGCGACAGUAAUUAUGAUUUUUCAAAGCUGAAGAAUAGCGUAGAGUCUAAGAAGAAGCCUUCCACGACAAUGACAUCUGCUGCGUCAGGCGUUUCAGAUAUUUCAAAAAUGGUUCCUGUCACAGGCGAGAGGCCAAAGCCGCAAACAAAAGACCCUUCUAUGGUUGACGAAGUCCUAUAUGCAAUUUUCGUUAUUCUUUGGGAAGAAGAUCCUCAGCAAAAAGGUAUGACAGUCAAGCAAUUAUGCGAUCACUUGCUUGAAAAACAUCCCCAAAUGUCCAGUUUAUCAACGAAGCUUUCGAAUCUGAUCUCGGCAAAACUCAAUGCCUACGUCAAGAAGGUGGAAAAAGGUGAAAAGACUUUGACUUAUGCACUUUCCAGGGAGUGGUCUGAUGCGUCCCCAAAGCGAAUGGUGUAUAUCUAUCGUGGUGUUUUGGCUGCCGAUUACAAAGCGCAUGCUCAGGCUGUCUCAUUGCAAAGACAAGAAUCCAAAAGUAAAUUGGGUAAGACAACCAGUUUCACGUCAAAAAAAUCGAAUGCGUCAGGUUCUGGAUCUGGCGUACAGUCAUCAGAGUCAACACUGGUUGAUUCGAAAAUCGCGGGCUCUUUCAGCCGCUCUUUCAAUGUGUCGAAUGCGUUUUCUAUCCACUCCUACGGAAGUGACUUCAAUGUGCCUUACGCUUCAUCACCUGUUUCGAUAGGCCUUGCUCCUAAAAUGACGGACUCUCUAGGAACAUUUCAACUGGAUCACGACCCAUCGAAGGUUUCGAGGCAAAAACGCUCUUCAUCUUCAUAUCCUCCGGUCAACAAAAAGCCAAAAUUACCAAGUGAGGUCGGACCUGCGUAUGUCACAGCUGCAGCUGCAGCACCUCGCUUGUCGAGAGUCGGCGUGAAGAAAGUUACAAAUACUUCUGAGAGCGCGGCUGCUAUAGUAGCAGCAAUUCAUCGUGUAGCUGCUACCCAAAGGCCUGUUGAAGUGAUGAUUCCUACUAAUGGUAAGACCGGCAAGGUCCCCCCAUUAUCUGAUAGUAGGAAAGAAGCUACAUGCGCGACUUGGUUGAAAACUAUUAGAGAUGGUUUUUUGACUGAGGAAAUUGAAUCCCCAGAGGCAUUAUCUGUGGAAGAUUUAGAUGGUUUUUUAAACUGA